UCUGAGUGUUGCAGCACUGUUCGAUUUACUCGAACGCCACGAGCUUUCAAGUUGGAUACUUUGCGUGGAGUUGAUUCGUAUGGUCGCGUCGGUUGAAGGAGUCGGUUGUUCGUUUUGAAGCGCUGAAGUAGCGGUAAUCGUGAGCACCGUCGCCUGUUUUACUGGAAUUUUAACGCGCGAUGCCUGUGCCCCUAUGUGUGUGUGGCAGUCAAACAAAUUGCAAAACGCAAAACGAAAAAGAAAAUCCUAGAGCAGGAAUCCCGCAAAAAAAAGGGGGUGGCGACCAUCCUGCUUUUCUGCGCCCGCUGCCAGUGUAACCACCCCCUCACAGCAAUAAUAGCCACAAGGACUUAAAGAUAAAAACGAAAAAUAAAAAUACGUUCACGUAUGAACCGUUAACUGCGCCAUUCAAAAUUUUCAGCAACAACAAGAAACUAGCAAAGGCAAAACAAUUAUAUUGUUUUUGUGAGCGAGAGAGAACACAAAGUCAACAACAAAAUCGUUUUGAAAAAAAAAAACAAAAGUGAAGUUUUGUGGAGAUAUGAAUAAAAAUAAAAGUAAUAGAGAAAGCCGAACAAGGCAGUAAAAUGAAAUGCCAGACGAAGUGAAGAGGACAACUCAGUAAGGAAGGACAUUAAAAUAAAGAAAACAAAUAUUAAAUUGAACUAAAAUAUAAAGAGAAGAAACCGUAUACACCGAAUCAAUAAUAAUUAAUAAACAAGUGUAAGCAUUUCAUGAACUUUUUGUGGUGCAAACGGAAAGUUUAUCAAAAGUACAAGUUUAAUAAUAAAACAACAUUUAAAUCUAAACAUUUAAAUGUAAAAAUCAAAACUAAAGGGAAAGUUAAAAAAACCAAGCAAAUUAACUUUAGAAACCUUAUAACAGGAAUCAAAAACCAUAGAAGGAUGCUGAAAAAUCGAUUGGGAAUUAUAUGAAACCUUUUGUUCCGCUGGAUUGCAUCAUUUGUCGAGGGCGAGGCUUUGCAUUGAAUGUAAUGUACAUCUGUCAAGCAAGACCUUUCAUCACACAUCACACAUCAUCAUCAUCCAAGCCAUCUUCUCCAGAUCUAACAACACAAUGUCCACAAGAACAGCUGGGCUAAGACCUGGACCCAAAGGAGCCAACGGAGUCAGGACGGAGACGACGGAUCACAUCAUAACCAUUAGCACUGCCAGUCUGACGGACUCCUGCAACGGGGAGCCCGUUAAGGGAGUAGCUUCUCCGGUGGUCAGUAAGCCCCAGUCCAUGGGAAGUGGAGUUCCUCUAGCCACCACAAUUGUUCCCGGUGACCAAGUGAACCCAAUUGAGCCAAGGAAGAAACAGCUUCACUUGUACCGGCUGUCGCAGCUGGUGAGCUACCAAAAUAACAUCGCUGAUGUCCAGCAUAGAAAGGGAAGACGCCUCCACGGACUGCAGCUGCCCCUGCAUCCCCUCCAGCUCUUUGGCUGGCUGGUGCUUCUCCUUUUCGGAGUGGCCAGCUUUUGGGUGCUUAUACCGGCCUUCCAUGCGCGUAUCCAGGGACCACUUUACGGUCUGAUCACGGGCCUCUAUCUGGUGCACAUUGCCUCCCAUUUGACGGCUUUGCUGACGGAUCCGGCUGACAAGGAGCUGCGGCGAGUGCAUCGCAACGAUCGCAUCGUCCCUGAAUUCGACCGGACGAAGCACAGUCACGUGAUCGAGAACGGCCGGUGCCAUCUGUGCAACAUCCGGACCUCCUCGAGCCGCACCAAGCACUGCUCGGUGUGCAACAAGUGCGUGGGCAAGUUCGAUCACCACUGCAAGUGGCUGAACCACUGCAUCGGGUCGCGUAACUAUGUGGCCUUCCUGAUGUGCGUAGUGAGUGCGGUGGUGGCCACCCUGGUCAUCGUGGCCGCCGUGGUGGCCCAGAUAGUCUUCUACUACGUCCAGCCGGAGUGGUUGAGCUUCUACUGGUGUCCUUCGGGGUCGAGCCACCAAAUGGAUGGCGGCGACUACGUAAACAUCACUCUGAGCCUGGGCAACGGCACCAUGAUGCUAAUGGAGCAGCAGCCGGCGGAGGAGGAAGAAAGUCAGGAAACAAUUGAUGAGGAGAUGGCCAACCUGACAAUAUCCACGCUACCCACUCUCCUGGAGAACUUCACAGCCCUGAUAGAAGCCAGCACAACUCAGCCUGGGAUAAGCUUAAUGAAUCACACGGUCUCACAGUCUGUGGUGGUGGGAGGAAUCGGAGUCAACGAAACUAUUUAUCUGCUCCUUUUGGGAGUACUGGGUCUGCUCGCCGCCGUGAGUGCGGGAUUGCUGCUCCACUUGUGCUUUUUUCACAUCUACAUCUCAUUUUUGGGACUAACCACCUAUGAGUACAUCAGAAACCAUCGCCAGGCUCAGGAGGCCAAGGCCAAGCAGCUAGUGGAGGGAGCUCCCAAGAACGGUAGCGUACACUUCUCGGCUUCCCUGCCCGAGCCACAAAAUCCGUCCAAGUCCCUGCCGACCACCCAGCUCUACUGCUGCUCCAGAGCCCCACAUCCCAGUCAGCAGUCACAGGAGGCGGUGGGUCAAACAGACCAGUCCCUGAGAUUGCAUUGCUGUGCCAGUUCCCGGGAGUUUCACCAGAGCCGUCAGGCCAUCUACGUUUGCUCCCUGCUGGAGGAGACAGUUCCACAAGUUCAAGUGGAGCAGGAUACGCUCAGUAGCUUCCAUUGCUGCUCAAGCUUCGCAGCGAGUUCCUUGCAGCGAAGGGUCAGCGUGGCGAAGGGAUCUUUGAUCUCGGCAGAACCCCGUCCCCAGAGACCAGCGACUUACCUCCAGUACACCGAACGGUGUACCCUCUGCACUUUCCGACUAAGAAGGGGCUCUGGGUCGGGUACGGGAUCGUCAGGAGCUGUGAGCAGCGCCGGCGGAAGCAGCAGCACUCGCACCUUGACCAGCCAAACUGGGGGAUCCUCCUCCUCGGCCACAGCAGCUGGAAACAUCUCAAAGCACCAGCGUUGGCGAAGGAAAUGGAACUGUUGCGCCUCGGUGCCAGAUAGUCCCGAUGUGCCCAACGAUCUCCUAGCUGCCUUAACGUUUCGCGAACGCGAAGAAGCAGCCGCAGCAGCCAAACUGAAUGCCCAAGAGCUGCCCAUCCAAUUUAUACGCACCCUGAACGGCGGAUUGGAUCAGGAACUGCCUCUAAAGACAACCACAACAGCUACUCCCACGCCACCAAGAAGCUCCCGACUUCGACACAUGCUGCGUUUGCUGGGACGCUAUCGACGACCACGCUGUCGCCAUGGGGCCCAUCAUGGAAUCGCGGCCAAGGAGCAUCAACAUCAAAAUCAUGGUGGCUCCGCCAUUAAGCAGAAUCAGAUACGUCCGCUGCAGCUGCAGUCAGCUCCACGUGGCUAUGCCAACUCCACCGCGACGCCCACGCCGCCGGCCAGUUCGCCGAGCAGGAGUUCCCUGGAGAGCAGCGAGCUGAGCACCAGCACAAGUCCUUCGUGCGGCCACAAGGAGUUGAUGCUGCUGCCCACAUCCGUGAUAAGGGACGACAGCGUGACCACAUACACGCUGACCCUGCCGCCUGCCUUGCCACCGCCCACGAGGAGGAAAAUGAACCAGACCACUCAGGAGAUGGCGGAGUUGGCAGAGUCUCUGGGAUUUGCCAGCAAUCUGCAACACAAUCAGCACAGCCAGACGAACAGCCGAACAUUGCCCAGCUUGGGGAAUGUCUACCGCCGCCAAAGGCGGAAGCACUUCUUGCGGACUCGCUCGCCCACUUUGUCGCCCAUCCACGAGUCCGGCCUCUCGAAUCCAACCUCGCCGCAGCCCCUGCGGCACCACCACCACCAGAACCUAGUCAACUCGAACUCCAAUCCGGCCAAAACCACGUCCUCGCCUCUGCUUAACCGCAGUUCGGGAUCUGGAAACUCUUCGGCGCUUCUGGUCCAAAAUCUGUGCAGUUUGGCAGGGGAAACACUGAGGAAGACCGCAUCCAACAGCUCCUUGCAGAGCCUCAGCUCCAAUUCGAGCAGCACCUAGAAAGGAUGGUUUCCGUUUAGUCGUUAG